CUGUAGCAGAAAUCAGGCCCAGCCAGCUUUAUCCCCCUUUUUUUUCCUAUCUUUGUGCUAAGUUAAGCUACCUGGCUGUGUGUUAAACAGACAUAUCUCCAAAAAUGUGUUAUUCUAAUCUAAUAAAGGACAAAUAGUGAUUUAUUUAUUUUCCAUUUGCUGUGAAUUGUGCCUCCUUUGCGGUGUUACGCAACAAGAAAACGACGUAAUCGUGAAAGCGUCACCGGAUGCGCGGCAUGUGACGCUGUGUAACUUAACACACUGGCAGUAACAGACAUCACUCCGUUCUGCUUUCAGCUGCUGAGCAUCACAUCACUCCUGCAAGAAAACUUCUCUGAAGCCAGAGACGAUGGGAUUUUAAACUCGAGCACUCGGCAUGAAGACACACUCGUAGUCUCUUCUAGUGGAAAAGCGAGUGCGUCGCUCUGCGUUGGAGCAACUUUUACACCUUUGCACUGGAUGCUGAGAUGCGCAGAAAGUGACAGGGGGUCCUCAUUCCUCAUCUCUUCUACAGUCCUCAACGAGUUAUAAAACGCCAUGAAAGACGACUUUGCAGACGAGGAGGAAGUACAGUCUUUCGGAUACAAGAGGUUCGGGAUCCAGGAGGGCACCCAGUGCACCAAGUGUAAGAAUGAAUGGGCGCUGAAGACCUCCAUAGCUCUGCUCUAUGUGCUCUGUACUCUCCUCACCAUCGCUGUAGCUGUGCUCGGAUAUAAAGUGGUGCAAAGAGUUGAUACUGUGUCUGAAGGUAUCGCAAACUAUGGAGGAAAGAUAAUUGCCGUUGAGACUGAUUUGAAAAAGCUCGAUGAUCAAGCAGGGCAGAAGUCAGAGAAUACCAGCACAGAGAUCCAGGCUUUUAAGAACAACAUCUGGACUCUCCAGAGACAGCUGUCUUCGGUGGAGGAACGCAUCCACAGUGAUCAAGUUAAGCUGAGUCAGCUGGAGAGCAUCGGCUCAGACAUCCAGAACAACCAGGGCUCCAUACAGGGAGUGCUGGACAUCAACACGGCCACCUUGCACUCUGUGAACAGCACCCUGCAGUCGUACGGCAGCAUCAUCGGGAGUCUGCAGGACGACACGGUCAGGCUGCAGAGAGAACUCCAGCAGCAGGUGAAACUUCAGGACCAGGCACUGCUCAGCAUCAGCAGCCUCAACUUCACCCAGGCCCAGCAGAGAGGCCUCAUCGCCGUGCUGCAGCGCUCCGUGGACGACACCAGUCAGGCCAUCCAGAAAAUGCGCAAUGACUUUCAGAGCCUCGAGCAGACGACCCGGCAGACGCGCGCUGACACCGAGUGGCUUCGUAGUAAAGUGGAAAACCUGCAGGUGAUGGCCAGUAACACCUCAGCUCUUGCAAAGGCCAACAACGACAGCCUGGAAGAGGUCGGAUCGCAGCUCUCUUUCAUGACCAACACGCUCCAGAACACCAGCACCUUGGCUGAAGCUCACGACCAGACCCUGAGGGAGAUUUUGGACCAGCAGAGGGACUUCAGUAACCUCACAUCCACCAACUUUGACCGGCUGGAGGUGCGUCUGGAUGAGUCAGAGCAGAGCAUAGACCGCGUGACCGGCAACAUCAGCUUCACCACGCAGCUUCUGGGCGCCAUCAACCUGAACCUGAACGAGCUGCGCACUUGUUCUGAGACCGUCGGCCGUCACUCGGACUUCUUGCUUAACCUCAACAGCAGCGUGACAGAUGUGAGGACAGAUGCCACCAGUCUGAGGUCGCAGCAGGAAGAGCUGGCAGCACGGAUGGACAAGGAGGUCACCAACCUCUCUAUUGUCAUGGAGGAGAUGAAGCGGGUGGACACCAAGCACUCACAGCUAAUAACCAACUUCACUAUUUUAAAGGGUCCCCCUGGUCCUAGAGGGCCAAGAGGGGACAAAGGACCUCAGGGACCAGCUGGUCAGUCUGGCCAAAAGGGAGAGAAAGGUGAAAAGGGUGCUCCAGGGAUACGAGGACCCCGAGGAGAGCAAGGUCUCCCAGGACUACAAGGUCUGCCAGGGUUAAAAGGUCUGCCAGGCGUACCUGGCAGCCCUGGGUCCAAGGGCUCCCGAGGGUCAGGAGGAAGGGCCGGACCUCCUGGAGCUAAAGGAGAGCCAGGUACUGCUGGUCUGCCUGGAAGAGACGGACAGCCUGGUCCUCAGGGGGCACAGGGCCCACCGGGGAUAAGAGGCUCAAUGGGACCAGCUGGGGAGCAAGGGCCGAGGGGGCUGCCUGGACCAGUGGGGCCUCCAGGGCCAGCAGGACCACCAGGACAACCAGGAAUGCCAAUCCGGAGUCCAGUUAUUCCUUUUGGGCCUGUGUCUAUGCAAGAUCAGGCAGUAGCUCCUACGCUGUGGGCCCCAGGCUGCCCCUUUGAGUGGCUGAACUACAGAGACAAGUGCUACUUCUUCUCCAAAGACAUGCACAGUUUUGAUGACGCGAAGGCGACCUGUGAAGAAUCAUCUGCUUCGCUGGUGAUCAUCAACGACAUGGAGGAACAGAAAUGGCUGAAGAAGCAGACGUUUGGAAAGGGUUACUUCUGGAUGGGUCUGACUGACAGACAGGAGGAGAACGUUUGGCGCUGGUUGGACGGGACUGAACCUGCUUUCACAAAGUGGAAACCUGGUCAGCCUGACGACUGGGGCCACGGCCAUGAAGUAGGAGAGGACUGUGCAGGACUCAUCCAUGAAGGGUUAUGGAAUGAUUUCUUCUGUGAAGAUCUCAUAAGCUACAUCUGUGAGAAGGAAAUGGAGACCUCGAGGUCGCCUGGACCGUCGUAGCGACGUCUCGGGAAAAG